UGUUCCUACGUAUCUCAUCACGCUUGUCCUGCGCAAAUUAUGCGCUAACAUAAGAUAUAAACAUACAAUUACACCACAGCAAAAUAUAUGACAUUUUUCAACAUUGCAAUUUUUUAAUGGAUACCACUUUCAAACCGUGUGCUGAUGUACAACAACAAUGUAUAGGGUAAUAUGUUCAAUCAACAGUUGGUCUUCUGUGUAGGUUUGGCUGCGGUCCAGAUGGAUGUAGGUUAAAUUAUUUAGGAUACACUGGUUUAAAGAACUAGGGGUAGGGUAAGCACAUUUAGGCUAAUACAAAAAUUGAAAAUGACUAUUUUUGCAAAUAUGAGAUUACCGGCGUCGAAAUAGCUGUUUUAGUUUUAGUCUUAGACCUGUCUUUCCAGAAGUGAGAUGAGUAUAAUCAAACCCUCAACAGAACAGCUGAUCUAUGGCAUUUUUCGGCUUCUAUUUGCUCUGCCACAAUAGGCCAUUGAAUGGUCUGGAUUGUUCAUGUGGGUUACUGAAGAGGAUGAGCAUUGCUGUGGUCACUGUCCGCUGCCAGUCAACAGCAGAUGCAUGUGGGCAUCAAAUGAUGGACAGAGAGAAUCUUCCAAUGUGUCACCAUUGUGCCAAUAGUCUAUAAAAGGAUAAGCACAUUGAUUGAUCUGGUUUUAAUCGGGAGCUGACAAAAUUCCCUGUCUACCGGGGAGGAGUGGGGAUGAGCGAGCCAACUGUUUCCAGAGUUAAGGAUGCAUCUGAAAAAUGCACAGAUCAAAUUGAUGGCAGCAGUAUGAGCUUGGGCCGGAAGAAAGGGGUGAAGGUCAGUGGGAGAUAUCUGGCACCCACAGAUUCAGAGAGAAGAGGAGCAUCCAUCCCUCUCGUGCAGUCCACUGUCCCAGGCCCCAGGCCCACCGUAAGCCCCACUAUCAUCUCCAUCGGCCCCCAACAUCGAGGGCCCAGUGUGUCCCCUGAGCUCACCCGUCGGUCUCUCGCUAGACCUGACAGCAUGGGCCCAAGAGAUGAGUGGUCCUCACAGAACAAGGCAUCCUGUGGUGAGGCCAGUGUGUCCAGGCAAACUCUGGACGAGCUGAAGAACCUGCUGCGGGAAACUUCUGUCCUCACCUCCAAGGAUCAAAAGGAUGGGGUCCGGCCAGGGAGCCCCUACACAUACCUACAUGGGAACAGACAGGAUGGUCAACAUGAGGUCGGCUUAGCUAAGUCAUUCUCUACUUUCAAGCCUCUUUCUGAUGGUAGUAGGAGGUUCCCAAGACCUGGAGAGAGGAUCUCUUCGCAGACGGCCUCGGAUUGGGACUCAAGUGCAUCAUCUCGGACAGAUGGACAUACACGUCCCAAUUUGAGACCUUCUACCUGUGAGACAACUAGCAUGGGAGAGACUUAUGGAUCACAAACAGAACAUGGCUCCGGUCGACAGCAGACGGCCAACAGCAGCGGACAGCAGGUGCCCUCCUGUAGCAGCAUUCCUGGUCUCAGAGGAGCGACGAGAACACUUUACACUGGAAACAUCCGGAUCUCCGUCUCCAGCCGGCUCCAUCUUGUACCAGGCCCAGCCCUCCAGGCGACAGUGAGUGUGCCCAAUAACAGUAAAGAAAGCACCUCAGGGGAGAGUCACGCGCCUCAAAGUUUCAUCUCAGUCGUCGAACAGAUAAAACAGCAGAUUGCCCGUGAAGAUGUCAAGUUUGUUCGCUUUGAAGCCACAGACCUUCAUGGAGUGUCCAGGUCCAAGAUCGUCCCUGCACGUUUCUUUCAUGAAAAGGCUGUGUAUGGAGUGCCAAUGCCCAGGGCUUACCUGGAGCUGACCUUGAGUUCAAAGGUCAAUGAAGUUGAUAAUGCCAAUGUAGCUAACUUCAGCAGUGACAUUCUCCUGAUCCCUGACAUGUCCACCUUUAAGAUCCUGCCCUGGGCCAACCACACAGCCAGGGUCAUCUGCGACCCCUGCUCAGUGACGGGCGUCCCCCUACGCACUUCACCUCGUCUCAUUGCCAAACAGCUCCUGGCUCAGUUGCAAAACAUGGGCUUCUCCCUCCACUCUUCCCUAACCUAUGAGUGCUGCCUCCUGGGCCUGGGGGAGAGAGUGGGCCCCAAGGCUGUCUUCUUCCCUGCCACCACCUUGCUGAGCAACAAUGAUCUACCUUUCCUUCACCAGCUGAUCACGGGCAUGUACUACAUGGGCGUGGAUGUCGACAGCUUCGCUUCGGCCAGUGGCCCGGGACAGAUGGAAAUCUCCUUGAAGCCAAAGUUUGGGAUCGACGCGGCCGACAGUGCCUUUACCUUCCGCACGGGCAUCAAGGAGAUGGCCCGCAAGUACAACUACCUCGCCAGCUUCUACACGGAUGAUGGCAUGUACAACGCAGGGGGGUUCUCCCACAGCCUCUGGGAUGCCAACGGCAGGAGAAGCCUGUUCCACACAGGUGGGGGGGAUUUGUCCGAGAUCGGCAGGAAGUGGCUGGCAGGACUCCUGCACCACUCCGCUGCCAUAAGCUGUCUAAUGGCACCAGGGGUCGGCUGCCGCAACCAGUUGACGAAAGGAGUGAAGGACCAAAAGCGUGCCGUAUUUGCCACAUGUGGCAGCAACGACAACAGCUGCGCUUUCAACGUCAAAUUCCACGGCGGAAGGGAGACACACAUUGAAAACAAGCUAGGCUCAGCUAUGGCUAACCCAUACAUUGUGCUGGCUGCCACUCUGGCUGCCGGAUUGGAUGGUAUCAAGCAUAACCUAAGCUUUGAAUACAGUCUGAACAGGGCACCUUCUCAGCAGAAACAGUUUGCAAUCCCAGAGAAGCUCGAGUGCGCUCUGGAGGCGCUGGCCGAGGAUAAGGUCAUCCGCGGGGCCCUUGGGGAGCCCUUUGUGCAGUAUUUUAUUGCAAUGAAGAAGUUUGAGAUUGAGACUCAGGAACUAGAUGCAGAAAGGAACAAAAGUCUUGAGUACUUUAUUUAGAUACGUUUCACUUUGGUCCUGAGAUGUA